AUGGCGUCGAGAGUCCGUGAGCUCAUUGAGCAACUCUUAGUGGAGUAUGACGCGGAGGUGCAACAGCUGCGCGCGGAGAACACGGCGCUGCAGGAGAAGCUCCUCUCGGUGGAAUGCGAGGAGCCCCCGGUGCCCAUUAAGGUGGGUUCGCGCCAUGGGUGGAUGGAGCCACAGUCAGUCCAGGCGGUUGCGCCAGCUGAGCCUCAGAUCGUUUUGACAGAGGAGCUGGCCAAGUUGGAAGAUUUUGGUAAGGAGACUCCCAUCCACCCCGCGGGUGACAUGGCGAGCCUCCAUUUGGGCGAUUCCUCAGUGCUGGCAGGUGCCUGGAAGGAUCCAGAGACGCCCAGCCGCGCCUUCGGGGAGAACUCAUCCGCCUGCCCCAGCCCGGCGGAGGGCAACGGAAGCUACUAUAGUGUCCGUGCGAUUUUCUAUGGCAUCCAGCGGCUCUCCUUCCCGCCGGGCGUCGCAG